ACAUAUCCUGGUUCUCUGACUCAGAUUAUGACGACUGUCGGCAGAGGAGACGACCCGACCUGCGCUGCAUAGAUGCUCUGUCUGCUGGACAAAACUAAAAGCAAGAUAAAGAACAGAAAAAGGUUGAUAUCCAAUGAUGGACGGCUUUGCAGGGGACAUGCUGAGCGGCGGCCGGGCCCUGCUCGGUGAGGACAGCUCGGUCAUGGCUCGCAUGCAGAAGAAGUUCUGGAAGACCAAGCAGGUCCUCAUCAAAGCCACGGGCAAGAAAGAGGACGAGUACGUCGUGGCCUCUGACGCUGACCUGGAUGCCAAGCUCGAGUUUUUCCGCUCGGUUCAGAUCACGUGCACAGAGCUGCUGAAGGUGAUCGAGAAGUACCAGCACAGGAUCACACGCUUGUCUCAGGAGGAGAACGAGCUCGGCCUGUUCCUGCGUUUCCAGGCGGAACACGAUCGCACAAAGGCGGGAAACAUGAUGGACGCCACCAGCAAGGCCCUGUGCACCUCCGCCAAGCAGAGGAUGGCACUUUGCCCGCCACUGCACCGUUUGCACCAGGAAGUGGAGACGUUCAGGCGGCGCGCCAUCGCUGACUCGCUGCUGACAGUCAGUCACAUGGAGAAGGCCCGCACCGAGUACAGAGGAGCUCUGCUGUGGAUGAAAGACGUCUCCCAAGAACUCGACCCAGACACCUACAAACAGCUGGAAAAGUUCCGCAAGGUCCAAACCCAGGUCAGAGGGAGCAAGAGCCAGUUUGAGAAGCUGAAGAAUGAUGUGUGUCAGAAGGUUGACAUGUUGGGAGCGAGCCGCUGCAACAUGCUUUCCCACUCGCUCUGUACCUACCAGACCACUCUGCUGCAGUUCUGGGAGAAGACGGCCCACGCCAUGUCGGGAAUCCAUGAGGCCUUCCAAGGACAUGUACCGUACCAGUUCACCACUCUCAAGGACCUGCGAGACCCACUGGAGGAACUAGCAGACGCACAGAAACAAGAGCAUAAGAAGGAGAAGGCUCUACCGAGCAACACGGACAGUCUGGUGUCCUUGGAUGACGACAAGCCACCAGGAAGUGCUUCUGGCGCAGCGCACCAAAACACUACCACACCCACUCCAGCCCUGCACGCUCUCAGAGGACUGUCGGCGGGCUCUGAUGACGACCUGAUGCUCAUCGCCUGUGAUGUGCCACAGUCCCAGCACUCAGCCUCAAGACACGGCGCUCUGCAGCCUCAGCUCCUGCCUCCUCCUCAGGGUGGAGACACGAGUGAGCCCUGGGGCUUCGGGAGCCUCCGGUCCAGCCUGUCACAGCUGCCUGCCCCCGGUGGGGGUUCGCUCUCAGGUGGUGCGCCCCACACUGGUGGGACAGGGCUGAGGCCGGAUGAGGACGAUGGCGAACGGGGCGACAUGGCUUUUCUCAAAGACCUCCUCAGCCCGGGCCCGGGGGCCAGCGACGAGUUCAGCAGAGAGUGGCAGGAUGCGUUCGGGCUCUUCGAGCCUCCCAGUGAUCCUCCACCGAGCACAGGAGCAGAAAGUAGUGGGCCAGCAGAAGGUAGUGGGCCAGCAGCACGCCCACCCUCGAACCCCCCCAGCCCCACAGGCUUCCUGCCCUCCCAGCUGCUGGAUCACAGUCUGAGUGCUACAGGCUGGUCGACCCCACCUAUGUUCCAAGCUCCGCCCCUGCAGCCUCCUUCUGGUCAGAACCAAUCAGCUCAGCCGGCUCCAUGUCCUGCAGCUAACGCUGCUCCAGGUGGAUCCAAAGACAUGUCUGCCUGGUUCAACCUGUUUGCCGACCUGGACCCCCUCUCCAACCCCGACGCCAUUGGUCGCUCCCCGGACGAGCUGCUCAACGCCUAAAGCUGUUUGCGUGAAUGUGUGUGUGUGUGUGUGUGUGUGUGUGUGUGUGUGUGCAGCAGUGUAUGAUAUCUCUUACAGGAUCUGAUUGUCAGCAAGUUUUUUUUAUGUCAACAAUUAAGUACAAGAACACACAAAAACAGUGAAACACACGCACAGAUAAUGAUGCGCCAGAUGUGCACAUCCAACUUUGACUGUUAACACACACACGAAGCAGCUGACUCAUACACACACACACACACACACACGGCACACCUCACGUAGUUUGUUGCCUUUCAGUUAUUGCAGCUUCUGUCAAGCGGAGAGUUUGGGUUACAGGUUUAUUUUGGACGUGCUUUCUGUGUUUUAUCCAUGUUUGCGUUGUGUGGGUGUGUGUCUGUUUGCUGUGUACACAUCACAGGACCCAGGAUGUAAAAAUAAAUCUAUUUACUGCACAUGAUUAUCACGUACAGUGUGUGUGUGUCACCGAGCCUGUAUUUGCACACAAAGCAACGGUUGAAUCUCAAGCGGCACCGAGCCUGCAUCACCGAGCAAGACUGAAAAAUAAUAUCCUGUAAGAAAAUAGUAUCUCAAAAUAAUGACUUUAUAUUUUAUAAUAUUAUUUUAAGUCAUUACUCUGCGAAAGUCAAUAUUUGCAUCACUGGUCUCAUAAUAUUUCCUGUAAUUGAGAAGUAUUAGAUAUUAUAUCCCUGAUGUUGGGCUUAGUGAAGUUGCUUUGUGAUGCAGAGCGCUGCACAGACUCUGGAUCCCGAAGACUCCAUCUCUUUGAUAAACAAUGUGACGCUUUAUUGAUCUCUUUAAGGAAAUUGUCAGUUUUCAGCCUCGUGGUCUACAGGCAACACUGAGCUGUGAGUCUCUGGAGAGCACUGAUGGUGUCAGUGCGACAGCCUGGACUGGAGUCAGAUUCACUGUCCACGCUCUCUGUUGCUUUUGUGAACGCCUCUUUAUGUUUACCCGUCCACCUUCAUCCCAGAUUAUACUGGCUCUUAAUGUAGUGUUUAAAAAAAAAAAAAAAAAGGAUGCAAAUGACAUUAUCUUCAUUCCCAUCUGUCGUUCAAAUUUCACAAAGUCCAAGGCCAAGAAAAAUGUGUGACGAAUACAUUUAUUUUGUCUCUUGAAGGACAUUUUAAAAGUAGGACGCAGGAUUAGAUUAUUUUAUGGUGGGUGGGUUAUUUAAAUCCUAUAAACCUGCAAGUUACCGCACAUAAUGUAUUUAUUUUCAGAUUGUUUCACUGAAAGUAACACUAACACUGUAAAAUACUCUAUUUUUAACUUUGUGUGAGAAUUCAGAUGAAUUUUGGAAAUCUAUUAUUGUUUUAUGGGGAAAGAAUCCACACUGGAGAACUGUUACCAUGUCAUGAAAUGGAUGUGGAUUAGAUUCCCGCUGAUUAUGUUUGUUUUUGAAGGGAAGAACUACCAAAACUGACAUUUGUGAAUGUUUAUGAAUUGGUCGAGUGAACUGUUGCAAGAUGAAGCUGCGAGUUUCUAAAAUGUAUUUUGUGUAUAAUAUACUUAAGUUGUUGAGAUGUGAAUAUCACGCCCACAUGCACCGACUGAAACCAAAUCCACACUUACAUUUGUGUGCCUGUGUUCAUCUGACUCGGUGGAGCUAAGGUGAAAUGCAUUAUGGGGGAAAAAACAAUAACUUUUUAUACAAGCUGCAUAUUAUCCGUGCUUUUGUUUUUAAUGUGACACAGGAAGGGAAACUACUGUAUUAGUGAUUCUGUCACACAAUGCAUUACAAGAUUUACACUUAAAAAAAAAAAAGAAUGUAUUUCUCAAGUCAAUCACAAAUGCUUUAUUUAAUUCAACUAUGCCUUUUUAUUUCACUCGAGGGGUUUAACAGAUGAAAACUUGGCAGUUCUGUUUCCAAUAAACUGGACAAGCAAACAAAGAAUCCUUGUGUUGAGUAUUAAUGUGUUGAGCCUUAUUCCAAAAUGCUGUUUAUCCACUUU